AUGUCACGCGUCGAGGUCGUUGCUGCGGUCAGCGCUGUAGUCUCUGCGUUCCACGCCGGCUCUGAGCUGCUCAAACACAUCAAAGCAAAGCGACGGAAAUCACGUGCCCAGGCGCAACAAGACUUCGAGGAGAAGCAGCUGCAGGAUUCUCUUGCGUCUGGUGAACAGCAAGUUGGCUAUCGCUAUACGCAAGAUGUUCGGGAGAUGGGCGAUGUGGUGCGAGUUGGUGACACUAUCGCCUACCAGCGUCUCAUGCAUGUCGUCGUUAUAUUGCAGGGAGAGAUCAUUAAGAGCCUGCAAAUGGCGGUGCAGCACGAGACAGCGAUCUUGAACCUCCGCCUGCUUCACGAAGCAUCGAUAAUGAACCGCAAAGACACUUUCGUGAUAUUGGAUGAGAUGAAACAAAGAAUCAUUCUCAUGAGACCGAUACCACGUCCAAUCAAAGGGACUGAGCAACGUUCUCCCGUCGCAACUCUGCCGUCUUCGUGGCCAAGCAAUUUGAGACCUGUGGAUAUGGUCCCGGAUGGAUAUACACCCUCGGCUGUGACCCUCCCUUCGCCAACAGAGUUGAAAGAGACGAAGUCUGGAUUGGCACGCUAUUUUCAAAUGAAACGCAGCAGCAGCGCGGGCUCAAAACCUGCGUCAAUCAGCGCGAAAACACCGAAAGGAACCCCAAAGAUUGAUUAUUGUGCAGCUCUCGAGCAAAUGGCUCAAGCCAAGGGCCAGAACCACGCUACGGUCAUGAAAGAUAUCGAUGAGAUCGUGGUCCCUUACAAGGGACUUGAGGUCAACAACAGGGCCAUAGAUCAGCCGUGGAAGGAUUCUUCGUGCAACCAUCAGCACCCCAACCCGUCUCCCGAGCGUCGAGGUACGCUUGACAUGCUCAAUGGGAACGAAACCCAGCAAACAGACAUGGUCCCUCAAUUCUGGACUACUACCCCGGCAGGCCACCAUGUACAGCCGCUACCGUACUCUCAUACGGGCCAUCUACCCAUGUUCAACCAGGACGUUUUCAACGCAAGCUCUCAGCACUCGCUAUACUCAGAGUCGUCUCAGUACUCACCAUACUCAGGGUCGAAUCCCUACCCUCAUCAUCAAACAUACAUGCCACAUCGAUUCUCCAACUCUUCGAUGUCUAGCAUACCAUAUUCGGAUACAUCGUGGGAACGCAACGGCUCGGAAUCGUCUCACAGCUCUUACGCCCAGAGUGAUCCUCGCUGUUCAAUCUCACCUCCUCCAAACAAACCGGGCUUCCCGUUCCCGACAUCUCCAAGCGCACAGCAGAUCAACGAUCACUAUGGCCAGCUCUCACCCGGCUCCGGCUCAAUCGGUAUUCUCCCUCGUUCAAGUAGCAGCAGCAUUCCCUCAUCCACUAUCAGGUCUCCAAUACCGGGGCAGGAGCGCAUGAUGAAUGGCCGCCCAUGUAAGGCGAACGACUACUGGGGCUUCUGCAAAGGUGCCUGGGAUGUUCGCGAAGACGCUAUGAAAGGUCUUGCACUGCGUACGAUGCCCUCUGGUAUGUACAAUACCAAGGAAGUCUGGGAAUGCAGGUCAUGCAACUUCCGUGGAAACACAUACAUCAUCACGACUGGAAAGAAGGGCAAGAAGGAGACCAUCAUAGAUCCGAACAUACAUACCUCGGAAUCUGGCAUCCGGUAUCGAUGGAUCUUUUUGGCCAAGAGCCACGUCAAGAAGAAGACUACCGACAGCACAAGCGAAGACUGUAACUACGGUUGUAUGAUUUGCAGCGUUGAGUUGAAGGUUACAAGCAUAUUUGGCAAUGUGGAUACUCUCAUGUACCAUUUGCUUGAGCAUGUCAGUGGCAUGUCACAGAAGUCGAUGGUCCAGACAAAGUGCAUUGUGGGUAGAACAGCUGGAGCACAUGAGGAGUGGGACGUCAAUGUCCCGUUGUUCGCGGAAGUCAGUGAGGUAGAGGGAUGA